AUGAAUGCUAUUAAAUUAGAAAUGAAUAAUAAGCAAACAAAUGAUAUUGUUUGUAAAUCAUUUUGUUUAAAAAAUAUAUGGAUUUUGUUUAUAAUUAUAUUACCAUUGAGUGGAAUUAUAAUUGGUUUUAUAUUUCGAAAUGAUUGUCCUUUAGAAAAAUAUAUUCCACUUUGGGAAAUAAUUAAUGGUUUUAUAACAAUUAUUUUUCUUUUAUUAAUAUUUAUAACAAAACAAUUUUUUCAUGAAAUUCAAUAUCGAAAUUGGUCGAUAUUUAUUAUUGAUCAAUUAAAAAUUUUAUUAAUUUUUUUUCUUUUUCUUUGGUUUAUAUGUGGAAAUAUAUGGGUCUAUAAAUAUUAUAGAAUAGUCAAAUAUGACAAACAAAUAUUAUUAUCGAAUAAAAAAACAAUUGAAAAUUUUUAUUGUAAUAAAAUUGUUUAUUUAUAUGCAUUUUGUUAUCUAAGUCGAAAAAUGGUUGUCACAUAUGUGACGGGAAAUAAGAAUAAAUUAGUGGAAGUUCAAGCAAUACUGGCCGAUGCAUUACCAAACUUAAGAUCACAAGAUCUUGAUUUACCUGAAUAUCAAGGUGAACCUGAACAGAUAACAAAAGGAAAAGCAAUAUUAGCUGCUCAACGUAUAAAUGGUCCUAUUUUGGUUGAAGAUACGUCUCUACAUUUUAAUGCUUUACAUGGUCUUCCCGGUCCAUAUAUUAAAUGGUUUUUAGAUAAAUUAGGUCAUGAUGGCUUGAAUAAAUUACUUGCUGCUUAUGAUGAUAAAACAGCAUAUGCACAAUGUGUAUUUGCAUUUUGUGCUGGACCAUCUCAUCAACCUAUUACAUUUACUGGUCGUUGUCCAGGACGUAUUGUAUCAGCACGUGGACCAAAUACAUUUGGAUGGGAUCCUAUAUUUCAACCAGAUAAUGAACAAGGACAAGCAGGAGAGAAAACAUUUGCAGAAAUGGAUAAAACAAUAAAAAAUCAAAUCAGUCAUAGAAUAAGUCUUCGUCGAUCAAAACCUAAUCAAUCAUCAAUAAUUCCGGGUUCUCUUUUUUGUAGUGGAACUUUAAUUAAUAAUAAAUAUGCAUUAACAGCUGCACAUUGUUUUAAUAAAUUAAGAAAUAAUGUUGAUAUCAAUGAUUCAAAUAUUGGAUUUAUUUGUUUACUACAAAAUAAUAUGUCAACAUAUACAUAUGAAUCAAUGAAUGGUAUAGCAAUUGGUUGGGAACUUUUACAACAAGAUGCUUUAUUAUCUUAUACUCUUCAACAAGUACAAUUACCUGUUAUAUCAUAUACAAACGAAUAUUGUCGUAAUAUUGUAUAUGAUAAUAUUAUUCAAUUUUGUGCCGAUUUUAUCCAAGGUGGUAAAGAUACCUGCUAA